AUGACUACCAAAAUACAAGUACUACUAUUAUUCUUAAUCCACACCGUUGUUUAUGUUGUUGGAGAAGAAGCCGCCACCGCCGUCGUAGACGUCGACGGCAAUCAAGUGCAAGCCAACACCAAAUACUACAUUUUCACGCCACGCGGUGGCGGUGGCGGUCUCGGCCUCUCGGUGAGGGACCGGCGCCAGCCAUGCCCUCCCAACGUCAUGCAAGAGGCCGACGGAGGUUCCAUGGGCCUCCCUCUGAAGAUAUUUCCGGCGGACGGGAAAGCGGAGAUAGAUUUGGAGAGUGAUUUGAACUUGGCGUUCGUGGCGGCCACUACCUGCGUGCAGCGGACCGUGUGGCGGCUGGGAGACACCGACUGGAAUACGGGGCAGCGGUAUGUGAGGAGCGACGGUGUGGUGGGAAAGGCCGGGGCGGAGACGGUGAGGAACUGGUUCAAGAUAGAGAGAGUCGGGCAGGGUUACAAGAUUGUGUACUGCCCGGGCGUGUGCAGAGAGUGUAGAGUAGAGUGCGGAGAUGUGGGAGUGUUUGUGGAGAGUGGAAGGAUGUGGCUUGCUUUGGGUGGUCAGCCCCUUUUCAUUGCUUUCAACAAACUCAACCAAUCCCCCUCUCACUAGAACUAUAGUACUAGAGUAUCAUAAUAAAUAUCUGUAUAUACCAUGAAUUCUUAUACAAUAAGACUGCUCUGCUCUAUCUUGGUUUUCUUUUCAA